GAAGUGGCCGUGCCGAUAACAUGGCGGCGUCCUUGAAGCACACGGUUUGCCUUCGGUAGGCAGCCAGAGACAGGCAAAAGGCAUGGAUAAUGGGAGGUUGAAUGCGAAUCAAAGUGUUAAUACCCGUUAAUACCAUGGAAAGAAGAGAAUUUACUGCUUCGCUCGUGGCUGGGGGCAUCGCUGGCAUGAGCGUAGACCUCACCCUCUUCCCGCUGGACACCAUCAAGACCCGUCUUCAGAGCCAGCAAGGCUUUGCCAGGUCGGGGGGUUUGCGUGGCAUCUACGCUGGGGUGCCCUCGGCUGCCAUUGGAUCUUUCCCCAAUGCCUCUGCGUUCUUCGUCACCUACGAAGCCACCAAAUCCCUGCUUGGGGCACGUGGGGCCCCACAUGCGGCAGCCCCCACACACAUGCUAGCUGCAUCCUUGGGAGAAAUCGUGGCCUGCUUGAUCCGUGUGCCCACAGAGGUGGUGAAGCAGCGAGCACAGGCGGGCCCAUCCUCCGGCACGCUUCAGGUGCUGCUACAAACUCUACGCCAGGAGGGCUUCUGGGGCUUGUACCGAGGCUACGGGAGCACCGUGCUCAGAGAGAUCCCCUUCUCCCUGGUGCAGUUCCCUCUGUGGGAGUACCUCAAGAGCCUUUGGUCACGGAGGCAGGGUCACACGCUGUAUUCUUGGCAAGCUGCAGUAUGCGGAGCGUUUGCAGGUGGGGUGGCUGCAUUCGUCACAACGCCACUCGAUGUAGCAAAGACCAGAAUAAUGCUGGCCAAGGCUGGAACGAGCACAGCGAGUGGAAACAUCCCUCUGGUCUUGUACGAGGUCUGGAAGAGACAGGGGCUCCUUGGCCUGUUCGCCGGCAGCCUCCCCCGAAUGGCCUUCAUCAGCAUGGGGGGGGUUCAUAUUCCUGGGGGCAUACGAUAAGGUUCGCAGCAUGCUGCUUUAAGCAGGAACCCCCCCCAUGAAACAGCGACGAACCCCAAAGUGCUGACGCAAGACGCGUGGUGAUCGCCAAGGAGCGACGGAGAUCACGUUACCCAAAGACCUGCAUUCUUGGUUCACAGCUGGCUGCAGAUUGAGUUUAACUGUCCUGGUUGUAAAAUCACUGGAGUUUAGUCUGCUUUCCAGACUGAAGCCAUAACUGCAGUAUUAUUCGAGUACAGAACUGCUGUCUGAAUCAUUCAGGCCCACGUCUAAUACAGACAUGCUGCCUUUGCUGGCCUGGCUCGUGUAAAUCCACGGCUAAAGCAGACUGAAUGCCCAUCAGCUUCAUCAGCACUUUUGUUCUUCCACAGUAUGGAUCAUCUGUCCAAUCAGCAGCUCUAGUGGUAUGAGGGUCAACAUCUCACCUGAAGGGAGGGGGGGUCUCCGUCUACCCCCCGGUCAUAGGAAAUCGCAGACUGUUCAAGUAUGAUAAACCAGGAAUGUGACUGAAGCGACUAGUUAGUAUGCAGAUGUUGGCUGGUUAGUACACAGAUCAUUAGCAGUCUGGUAACAAAUACUUGGGGUCAGCACUGACGUGUUUCGCAUAGACAAUAUGUGAAUGAAGUAACAGCUUUUUGAUUAUUUCUGUAACAUUUAGAGUUUGUCAAAAUAAAAAGUUGGUGAUAUCAGA